CCAGUGUCUCCCAGAUGCACUGAGUUGAUUCCAGUCUGAUCCCAGUUGCUCACAGCCACUCCCAGUCACCCUCAGUGCAGUCCCAGUUGCUCCAAGUAUGAUUGUGUAUGACCCCAGUGCCCUGAGCAGGACCCAGCCUCUCCCCCAGUGAUCCCAGUAGGAUCCCAGUUGCCCCCAGCAUGGUUCCAGUUGCUCCCUGUUCAUCCCAGUGUGGUCCCAGUUGCACCUAGUUGCCCCUAGUAUAGUCCCAGUCACUCCCCAGAUGAUCCCAGUCCCUCCCAGUCCGGCCCAGUUGCCCUCAAUGUAGACCCAGUCACUCCCACUCACUCCCAGUUGCCCCCAGCAUGGUCCCAGCUGUUCCCAGUAUGGUUCCAGUCCCCCUGUUAAUGUCACAGACGCUCCCCAGAAUAUCCCAGUUGCCCUCAGCAUGCUCACAGCCAUUCCCAGUCAGUUCCAGUUGCCCCAGUAAGGCUCCAGUUAGCUCAGUACAGCCCAGUCACUCCCAGUGAUGCCACUCCUGGGAUCCCCCAGCCCUCUCUGCGUUCCCCCCAGCCCAAAUCUGCCGAGAGGAGCCCCAAGGGCUGGAAGUCCCCAGCCAGGGUCCCCAGCAAGGCUGGAGGAGCAGAGCCCUGUGUCCCCCAGGAGCCCAAAGUGGGGAGCCCAGAGAGGGGGGAGCGCCACGAUUGGCGGGACCCUCACCAGCCUGGAGAGGGGCAGGGGGGGACUCCUUGGAGCCCCUGCACCCUGAAGCAGAGAAUGAGGGGAGAAGGGACCCAAGGGACCCCCAAAGCCCCAGCAUCCCUGAGUGGGGAGGUGGAAAAGGGGGAAACUUUGUAUUCCUGGGACUCCCAGCAGCCUGGGGAGGGCCGGGACCAAAUAGAUGCAGGACCCCCAGUACGAGUGUGACCCCCAGCAGCUGGGACAGGGGGGAACCCCUGAAGAACAAAGGGGGAAGACCAGAGACAGAGAAUUCCUGGGAGACAUUUCAGGUCUGAAUCAUUUUGUUGGGAGGUUUUUAUGGACCCCAGAUGGCCGGUGACUUCUAGAGAUGGACUUAGGCAGGAGGAACUCCCUAACCCCUUGUGCCCAUACCAGAAUUUCUCCUUCCUAAACCUUGUCUGGAUUGCAGAGAAGGCUGCAAGGAAGAGGAAGAUGCCCCAGGACAGCCAGGCAGACAAGGAGGUGAGGAUGGAGACCAGGGAGGACAAAUCCCCGCGGCAGAACCUCGUGGAAGAGGCAGUUUUGAGCGGCUCCACAGUGCAGGAAUCCAAUGGGGAGGAAAAGCUCUGGAGAUCCUGCAGGGGUAGGGGCUCCAAACACAUCCCAGGGAGUUCUGAGGAGGAAAGACCCACCCUGUGCCACGAAGGGGGACAGAGAUUGAGCCAGUGCUCUGAGCUGGUGGUCCAUGACCAGCUUCAUCACGGGGAGAAGCCCCACAAGUGCUUGGAAUGUGAGAAGAGCUUUGACCGGAAGUCCAAACUGAUCAGACACCAGAGGAUCCACACUGGGGAGAGGCCUUACGAGUGUCCCGAGUGUCAGAAGAGAUUUCGGAGCAGCUCCCAUCUGCUUGUACAUCAGCGGAUUCACACAGAGGAGAGGCCCUUCCGCUGCCCCGACUGCAGGAAGGGCUUCAAGUACAAAUCCACCCUCACCACCCACCGGCGCAUCCACACUGGGGAGAGACCCUACGAGUGUGGGGAAUGUGGGAUGAGCUUCAGCAGAAGCUCCAGCCUGAUCUGCCACCAGAGGAGCCACACCAAAGAACGGCCCUACAAGUGUGAGCAGUGUGGGAAGAGCUUCACCCACAGCUCCAACUUGAUCUGCCACCAGAACCUCCACGCUGAGGAAAGGCCAUACAAGUGUGGGGAAUGUGGGAAGGGCUUCAACCAGAGGUCCCAGCUGGUCGUUCACCAAAUGAUCCACACUGGGGAGAGGCCCUACGAGUGUCCCAAGUGUGGGAAGAGCUUUCGGACCAGCUCCACUCUCCUCAAGCACGAGCGGAUUCACACAGAGGAGAGGCCCUUCCGCUGCCCCGACUGCAGGAAGGGCUUCAAGCGCAGCUCCCACCUCAUCAAGCACCAGCGCAUCCACACUUGGGAGAGGCCCUAUGAGUGUCCCCAGUGUGGGAUGAGCUUCUCAGACAGCUCUACCUUGAGCCAACACCAACAGAGGCACCAGUAAGGGAAGCCCUGCGAAUGCCCCGACUGUGGGAAAAGCUUCCUGCAGUGCUCCAACUCCAUCCCCCGUUGGGGGACCCACAUUGGGAAGACACUGGGCUGGUGGUCCUUUCAUUUGGUGGUCCCUAAUAUUCAUUUGAUUCUUCUUCAUCCCUUUAAAAGCAGCAAAAUUGGGCUGAAAACCAACAAAUUUAUCAGAGCCAUCUAAAGCCUCACUUUUUCCUUGUGUUUCGUGAGAAUCUCGGAUUCCGGGUGAUACUUGGGAGGAUUUUGGGGUCUUUGGUGUGGUUGUCUCCAUUUCUUAAUGCUCAAAGAGACAAGAGGGUUUGAUCUGUCGCCUCAAAAACACUCAUUGCCACUGAAAACUACUCAAUCCCACCCAAAAUUACUCAAUUCCUCAGCCCCUCAGCAUGGUAUGGGAUUGGAAGGGGGUUGGGUGAAGUGAGAUGCAAAUCAUGAAGGGUGAGGUGAGCAUUGGGUGGGGCAGGAUGGGUGAG